UCACGAGGUAUCUGUUUAUAUAACGGUGUUUUCCUCUCCGUCUCUCGGAUUGUUGUUCAGCGCAGUGACGGUGUUGCAAUUUUGAGUCAUAGAAAGAAGUAAGAAAAUGUUUCUGAAGGUUCUAGCUACACUUCUGGCGGUCUUACUGGCUCUAACGAGUGCAGGUUUUGUCGGAGGAUGGAGGGAUGCGGACGCGAACAGGAAAGAUGUCCAGGACGCGCUGCAGUUCGCAGUCGCUCAACAUAACAAAGCGAGCAACGACAUGUUUGUCAGCCAGGUGUCCAGAGUGAUCAAGGUUCAGACCCAGGUCGUCUCUGGUAUAAACUAUAGUUUCACUGUUGAGAUGGUUAGGACAGCCUGCAGGAAAGCUGAUGUUAAGGAGGUGUGUGCCGCCCAUCCAGACAAAUCAAUUGCAAUGCCCCAUGAGUGCCAAAUAAAGGUGUAUAAUCAGGCCUGGACAAGUACCAUCAAAGUUACGCAGAACACCUGCCAGUAGAAAUAAAAUUGCACAGCCAGGAUUUGGAUGACCGUCUCAGAAACUGCAAUCAAUUUCCUGAAAAAUAAAUACACUUGCAUAAACAUUAUUCAUCAAGUUAUUAGUCUGCAUGCAUUAAUGUGUCUUGAUACAAUUACAAUUAUAAUUAGAACUCUUUGACUUAGCAAUAAUUUCCAAAUAUAUGCACUAUAUAUCUGUAUACUUUGUUAUUGGAAAAACGCAUAUUUGUUCAGAGACAGCAACAUAAUGCAAACUGUUUUCUGCAUCAUUUAAAGCUCUGCAUGAAAAUACUGUUUACAAAUAAAAUUGAGUAAAUAACUGA